AGUGCAUUCCUAAAUGUCAAAUAGCAAGGAAAUUCAAUCUGAUAUUUCGACAGUAGGUGGCGAUAGGCAGCUAUACUGUUAGGUUUUGUACUCCAUGAAUGUGGCAAAGUAGGAGCGUCAUCUGCGCACAGCUAAUGGACAUUGAGGAAGUCGCAGGAAGAUGGAACUUUGGAUUUCAAGCGUAGUCAAAGUAUUUAGUGACUUUAUCAUGUUAGGUGGAAAUCAGCUCACUGCACUUACGUGUUGUUUAUCCGCCACGACUAAAUAAUCAGGAAAGUUUGUAGCGACCAUUGUGCUAACGUUAGCAACCGCGCAGCUAGGCAUCUGCUAAAAAUCAGUGAUACACAAGCAUGGCCUCAUCCGAAGUGAAAAUGCAGGAAAUGAGCGAGGUCGUGAUUGUCACAAUGUCGGAGGAAGCCGUCGAAGGCCUCUCCUCUGUGGUGGAGGAGGAGAAAGCAGUCCUGGUGACCACGCAGCUCAGCCACGAGCAUGGGGAGCAGAUCCUCACAGUCACUCAAGUAGAACCCGAUGACACGAGUAAAACAGAUUCCUUGUGCAAUGAAGAAGCAGUCAUUGUGAAAUUAACGGAUGAGGUAGACGUGGAGGCUGAUGUGUUCUAUCCCAUCACUUGCGGAGAUGCCACAGCCACGCUGGUGUGGAAGAAGUUUGUCUGCCCCGGGAUUAAUGUGAAAUGUGUUCAGUUUAAUGAUCAGCUCAUCAGCCCAAAGGAGUUUGUCUGCCUCGCAGGCAAGUCCACAUUGAAGGACUGGAAAAGAGCCAUCAGACUCAAUGGCACCAUGCUCAGAAAGAUCAUGGACUCUGGAGAGCUGGAAUUCUACCAUCACGCAAAAAUCUGCUCCAACACCUGCCGCAGCACCAAGAUCGAUCUCUUGGGAAAUAAAGUGGCCACCAGCUCGGAUCAGUCUGCCGACUUGGCUGCUGCCACCUCAUCCACUGCUUACGCGAAUGGAGAACCCUCUCCAGAGGCGUCAUCAGAACCUUCAGAGUGGGUCACAGCCGUUGGAGAGGAUGCUGUGUCAUUCUGGCGUGCUGUGAAAGACGCGGGACUCCUGGAGGAGGUGAUUGAGGACUUCCAGAAGGAGCUCCAAGAGGUCCUAAAGGGGCUACACGAAAGAGUGUGUGAGCCAUCACUUCAGGUCAAAGAUGCUGCUUUGCUCAACAGCAUAGUGCACAACUUUGGAAUGCUGGAUCUGGUGAAGAAGGUUCUGAGCAGUCAUAAGAGCCAGAUGGACCAUUACAGAGAGCAGUACACCAACAGCCUCGCCGCUCUGGAGCAGCAGUGUGAUGAGCACAGAAAGCGAGCCAGGGAGCUGAAGAGUAAAUCUCAACACCUGAACAACGUCCUGAUGAACUUUACCCCCGGACCCAAAGCUCCAGCACCCAAACGCUGCCGGAUGAGCCGCGCCGUCUCCACCCCGGCCUCCAUAAGCCCCGCGCCUGCGCCGGUCACGCUGCCUCUAAACCAGCUGAGCGCCGUGCCGCUCGCCAAGCUGUUGACUGUGACGGGGGCGCCGGCUGCCCAAAACCUGGGGAGCUACACGCUUCUGACCUCACCGCUCAAUGGCUCAGAGCUGGUGGCCGACGCUUCCAACCUGACCGUGCUGUCCACGCUGGCGGGUCAAGAGGCGACGUCCCCAGAGAACGGCGCCGUCGUCUCUUCGACCUUUGUCAAAAUGGUCACCCCUCAGUUCCAGUUGGUGACGCUGCCCUCCACGAUGCAGGGCCUGGCCGCCGCGCAGCCAGUCGACACCAUUGCCGUGGUGGACGCCACGGCGACAACUGCAGAUGUUUUCCUACAGGGUGUCCAAGCUGGUGAGAAUGGAGAAGGUCAGCACAAUGAGGUCAGAGGGGAUGACAUGCAGCAGCUGGUGGAGCAGCAAUGAUGGCAAAUUAGGAUUUCAUUUGUUUCCAGGACACGUUUUUUUGGGGGGACGGUAUCUAAAACCAUAUCAGUAUUGCGCAUGUUCUAAUUAAUUUAGAGCAUUUAUGGUAGAUGGUGAAAAGGAAUACACAUAGACGCCCACAUAUAUACGGCUCAACAUUCGUGAAUUUGCAAAUUUGUGGAUUUUUUUUUCAUUUUUAUUUUUUACUGGCCUAAAAAAAACAAACAAAAAAAAAAAAACACUUUUCCCUAUGUCAAAAUGUAAAAAAAACAAAAAAACGUGUGAGUGUAUAUAAGGAUUUCAAAGCCUUUUUGGGACGGCAUUAAUUUCUCACAAAUUUUCACCAUUCACGGCAGGGCUCAGUUACGAGCGCUUGCUAACGGUGGGGGUUCUCUGAAAAAAAAAAAAAAAGGCUGUUUAUAUUUGUCAUUGUUCACCAGAUAACAGGGCAAUGUUACCAAGGGUUGCGAUUAUGUAUUGUAACGUUUGAGCACCCUCGAUUAGCUUCCAUCACCUUUCGGCGAUAUUGGGAGUCAGAACUGAAAAAGUGCCUCAUGUAUGUAAUUUCCUUGUAAUGUAUCAAGUCACAUGCCAAGGAAAAAAAAAAAAAAGGAUACAAACAGCGGACGUCCUACCGGUCUUUCCUGUGUUGUGUUCCUCUUGGCGGAUUUUUUUGAGUGGAUAUGUUGCCAUGCUGCAAAGAUGAACAGAAUGUUUCAAAUAUUUCACUUUUUCUUUGAUCAUAUGAAUUGCUCAUCAAAUGUUACUCCUUUGAGCUCCACAUGAAAUAUUUGAUUUGGAUAAUGUAAUUUGUGUAAGAAAUG